AGUUCAUGGCUAUCAAACGCAAUCAAAUUGAAACAGAACACUGGAUAAGAAACAAUGGCUUCACCCCAAUCCGACGUCUUCCAUUUCGUGAUGAAGUCCGGCAACGGAGUGAAGGGCCUCCUCGCCAAAGGCGUCUCCACGGUGCCUCGCGAAUGCGUCCAGCCGCUCGAGGAAAGGAUUGACAGGGCCGAGCAAGUGAGCGAGGAAGACUCCAUUCCGGUCAUCGAUUUCUCCGAUCCGGCGGCGGCAGAGGCGAAAAUCCAGGAAGCUGCGAAGAAUUGGGGAUUCUUUCAGGUGAUCAAUCACGGAAUCCCUCAGCAGGUUCUAGACAAGGUCAUCGAAGCAGCUCACGCCUUCUUCGAGCUUCCGGCUGUAGAGAAGAUGAAAUACUUGAGAGGGAACAGUUCCUCUAGCGCCGUGGAGCUUUUUCACAGCGCCAUUGGCGGUGGAGAUGACGAUAAUAAGGUUUUGGAGUGGAGAGACUCUGUGCACCAUGAAUGCAUUCCUGGUGAUGAUGAUGGCAAGUUUUGGCCUCCGGAAACCAGGGACGAAGUUUUGGAGUUCUCAAAAUGGGCAAAACCAAUUGGUAGAAGGCUGAUAGAAAUGCUUGUGAGAGGAUUGGGUGUGAAGGCAAUAGAUGAAACACUAGAGCCGGUCUUGAUGGGCAAGAUAGCCGUGACCAUGAAUUACUACCCGCCAUGCCCUCCCAACCCUAAUCUCACCAUCGGCUGCCGCCGCCACUGCGACAUAUGCACCAUUACCAUGCUCCUCCAAGACGACACCGGCGGCCUUUACGUCCGAGGGAGGAAUUCCGAUAAGUGGGUCCACGUAGAGCCGGUGAGAGGAGCACUGGCGGUUAAUGUAGGGAACUCACUUCAAUUCAUGAGCAAUGGUCGAUACAAGAGCGUUGAGCACUGUGCAGCAAUUGAUUCCUGCAAGACUAGGGUUUCGGUGCCGAUGUUCCUGAAUCCGAGCUUCGAUUCCGUCGUCGGACCUUUGCCGGAAACCCUAGAUGCCGGAGAGAAGCCAGCAUAUAAGGCAUUUCGGUUUUCCGAUUACUGGGAUUAUUUCAUGACUACUCGUCCUUCCGUAAAAGCCUCCAUUGACUAUGCACGCAUUUAAAUAAAUUUGUGUUUUUAAGACUUUUAAAAUCGUAUUUUGUAAAUAUAAGUGUUUUGUGACCAU